GGUGCGGCAGGUGCAUGACAAUAUCUCGUAGUGCGUAUGUGCUGUGCGUACCUAUGUGCGUGCCUAUGUGCGUAUGUAUGGAGGUAUCGUACCUAGUUUCUUGUUUCUCAUCCUUGCCCGUCCAACGGGAACGAAUAAAGCCACGAGCCAGCCACGAGACUGCACCGACCACUCCCGUCCUGGAUCCAAUGACCAGCUACUGCACUCAUGCUGGUCCUUACAAAUACACCAAAACCUAAACUGCCC